CCGCCCCUCCCUGCCCCGCAUCCUUCCCCUCCCCGCGCUCCCGGCCGCCGCGGGCAUGGCGCACGGGCAGCCGCGGCUGUGCGGUGCCCACGCCGGGCGGCCGCUGGAGCUGUUCUGCGAGGACUGCGGGUGCUGCGUGUGCGCGCUGUGCCCGGCGCUGGGCGCGCACCGCGGGCACCGCGCCUGCCUGCUGCCGCAGGCUGUCCGCCGCACGCAGGAACUCAUGGAACUGUGCUUGAAGAAUCUAGAAGAGAGAAAAGAGCAAGAAGCUGGUAACAAAAGGAGCAUAGAACAGGCUGUAAAUGAUGUGAAGGCUCAUGCUGAUAUGACCAAACGGCAUCUGUCAGAAAAAAUGACUGCGCUUCAGUUACUUCUCCGGGAAGAAGAGAGUCUGGCAAAAGACUUAAUUGAUGAAAAGACGCAGCAAGCCCUGGGAGCACAUGAUCAGCAUAUGAGGUCCUGUCAAGAACAGCUUGCAGCCCUAGAGACCUUCACACAUCGAAUCAGACAAAUACAACAGGACAGUGAUGCUAUUAACUUGCUGGAGAAGUACACAGAAAUUGAGAAGGAAAUGAAGGAAUCCAGCCACCGGUUAGAAGAGUGGCAUCCAAUACCUCUCUCAUUUGAACACUUACUUAACCAUUAUAAACAGUUCAUCAGAGUUCUUCAGUCCAUUCUACAGAAACCAUUGGAAGCCCGGCUCAAAGAAGAUGUUUUCAGUAGCCUUAAUCCCACUGCAAAGACGGAGCCUGGGACAGUGCUGAAGACCAUGACUCCUAUUGACCGGUUGCUUUUCUUAAAACAUGCAAGAUCACCAGCCUGGGAAUAUGACAGCAUUCACCCAAGACUGAAAUUGUCUGAUGACCUUCUUGAAGUAAGCUGUAGCUGGAGGAGAAUAUUUUACCCCUGUAGGCCCCAGAGAUUUGAUAAAUUAUGGCAAGUGCUAAGCAGAGACGCCUUCCUUUCUGGGAGCCAUUACUGGGAAGUUGACGUGCUUGGUGCUGGAGCAGGAUGGUGGAUUGGCGCAGCCUACCCUACCAUUGGCAGGAAAGGAGACUCUGAAGCUUGCCGACUGGGCUGGAAUAGAGCAUCUUGGUGCUUUAAGAAGUUUGAUUUUGAGUACUGGGCAUUUCACAAGGUGGAGAGAAUCCCCAUCCUGAUAGAAGAUGAUCCUGAUUGCAUUGGCAUUUUUCUAGAUUAUGAAGCAGGAAUCCUUUCAUUCUACAACGUUAGCGAUGGCAUGGCUCAUCUGCACACCUUCCGCUGCAAGUUCACAGAGCCAGUUUAUCCAGCCCUGAGACUCUGGGAAGGGUCCAUUAGAACAUGCAAACUAACAUAAGAAACAAAGCAAAAUAAAGCCUGCUAUUUCAUGUUUUUUCUACUGAUGCCACUUUAGCAAUUAUCUACAUGAAUUUAUGUCUGUUGCAUUGAACUUGUAAUUAUGAUGCUUUUAGAAGGUAACAUAAGUUCAGUAAAACCUACUGUGAUUUUUAAUGUAUUUUUUUUCCACGAGGGAAGGUGGUCUGGCUUUUAUAAAUGAUGAUGUACCACUCUAAGUGCUGUAUGUACUACUGUUGUACUUUUUCAACUUGUAAGUUCAAGAAAACCAACUGUAUUUUUUAAGGUAUAUGUAUUUUUCAAUGGGGAUGAUGAUCUGACUUAUAAACGGUGUUGCUGUA